AUGGCCCCAGGAACUAGACGCGCAAAUCGCAGCGGCUACGUUGAGCACGACGAUUUCGAAGGUCUCCCCGUCCGACAAUGGCGCCACGAAUGGGUCAACGUCGCGCCUCCGGUCCAGCAGGAGCAGCAGCAGCAGAAUGACAUCUGGGCCAUCGAACUCAUCCACGGCAUGCCCAAGGACGCGACUCUGCUUCCUCCCCAUACGCAAGAGCUGCUGCGCGCUGCGCGUUCCGCCAUCCAGGACAAGCCAGAGAAGAAGGAGGAGGACGCGAGCGCCCAGGGCUACCAGAUAAGGAUCUGGAAGCAACUCCCUAAGAAUGUUGAGGCACCGGGCAUCUCGCACCUUGCGAAGCGGAGGAAGAACAUCGUUACCAUAGCGAGUCGGACCGUGGAGGAGAAGGUCCAGGGACCUACGGUGACGCGGGCCACGGUCAGGCGGAUGGACGCAGCCGGAAAUCCUUACACGGAAGAAGUUACACUGUCAGAGGGCCAGCGUGUGGAAGGCGAAGUCAUUGCGACCAGAGUCGAGGCCAUCGCCGCGCCACAGCAGAAUGCCUUUGCAGCCCCGCCACCAUCGGCAGUCAGGAGACGACCACCGCCGCCCAAGAGAAAAGCAAAGGCAGGACCUGGAAGAGGCAAGAAGAAGAUUAAGCAGCCGCUGUCAGCAGAACCGCAGACUUCUGGAGCUGCUCCCGUUGCAGGGGCUGGAGCCGCCGUAACAACGGUCAAGACGGAGGCCAAAGACUUGCUCACGCCCACACCGAACCCGAGCGAAGCGCGGAACCCAGACAGCGAGAUGGGUGACGUUGAUGGCGACGAUGACGAUGAAGAAGAAGAAGAAGGUGACGACGGCGAUGAGGGCGAGGAUGGAGAUGAAGGCGAAGGCGACGAGACUGAGCUGCAAGAUGAAUCAAUCCUCGACGUCACCAGAGAUCAAGACGAGGAAAUGGUUGAUGCUUCUCAUAUCAUUGAUCACCCCGACACCGAAAUGAAGGAUGAGCAGCCGGCACCAUCAGAGCCUGCGCCCAAGGAGCCCUCUCCUCUUCCGCCACCAAGCAUCCCGGCGCUUGAAGAGCCAUUGGAACGUCCAACUUCUGUACCGCUCAAACAAGAAGACACACCACCCAGGAAUCCCGUCAUUGUGCCGUCGCCAUCUGAGCCAUCGGUAGUUGCCGAGCCCACAGCGGAAACGAUUCAACCUAUGUUGGAUGCGCUUCCCGAUAACACAGCGGACUCCACCAUCGCUGAACCCCCUUCGACAAUCGUCGGAGAGGCUCCUCAGGAGGCCAUGGAUCGUGACGUGCCACAGGCUGAGGAUCUACCUCCCCCUGACCAAGUGGGCAACAUCUCCAGCCCAAAAACUGAGGAUGAAAACUCCCGAAUCUCUGAGGGAACGCCCAAGGGACAAACGAGCAGCCAGCCAGAUCUCAACAUCCAAAAGCCGGUAUUGUUACAUACACUGUCUACCAUGACGGAGGAUACCAUCAAGCCAGAGGACUCGGUCUCAGUAACGGCACCUUUACCAGAAUCGGAGGCACCUUCAGAGGUUGGAAAUGUGUCAAUAGAUGACGCAAAGGAGGAAAUUGCCCCCGCUAACACCGUGGCAGAACUCACCGAACCAGAGCUGACAGCUCCCGAGCUCGAUGGUGACACCCACAUGACUCAGGAGAAUGAGCCAGAUCUGCUCGGUGGUUUGAUGGGAGAGCUGGAUCGUCAGGCGGCAGCAUCACAGCUGUUGGAAGAAGCUAUGCCGAACACUGCACCCGCCGCUGAGGUCAAGCCCGAGAGCCCUGCCGAACCGACACUGCCUGAGGUUCCAGAGCCGGCACCUGAAGCUGCACCACCCAUCACCGAAGAGGCCCCCGAACCUGCUCCGGAGUCAGAGCAGCAGCCAGGGCCGGAGUCAAGGCCGGAACUAGAAUUGGAGCCGGAACCUGAACCUAAAGCUGAACCUGAGUCUGAGCCUAUGGUAGAGGCUGAGCCUAUGGUAGAGGCUGAGCCUAUGGUAGAGGCUGAGCCUAUGGUAGAGGCUGAGCCUAUGGUAGAGGCUGAGCCUGUGGCAGAGGCUGAACCUGUCGUAGAGUCCGAACCUGUGGCAGAAUCCGAACCUGUGGCAGAAUCCGAACCUGUGGCAGAGUCGGGCCCUGUUGCAGAAUCCGAGCCUGUUGCAGAACCCGAGCCUGUGGCUGAACCUGAACCUGAACCCAAAGCCGAGGCAGAGCCCGAGUCUGAAUCUCUACCUGUACCCGCACCAGAGGAGCAACCCAAGGAGGAACUAUCACCUCCAGUGAAAACAGAGCCUUCUGCUGCAGAAGAGGAGAAGGGAGAGGAGAAGGAAGACCCGGCAGCCAACGCGUAG